AUUUUAAUGUUUACUGUAUUUUAAUUUUUUAAUGUCGUCAGUCCUACAGUUUUUUUCUUCCAUCUCAAUGAUACUGUAUCGUCUGUAUGAUAAAAGAUCGUCUAGAACACCGAAAAUUCAAUUUUGAUGUAAGUAUAUACAUGUACAUCAUAUUUGAAAAUAAUAUGAAAAUACUCAAAACACGCAUAAAACGCUUUCACUAACUGUGUACGUUACGCUAAUAUGCCAGCAAUACCAUAUAAGAGAAAUAAGUAAAAAGUUAUAGCUAAUUUGCUCGUUUAAUCAUGUUAAUGUUUCACAAUUCGUAUACAUUUGAUUUUUCCGUUUCGUACUCAACUAAAGCCGAAUGAAUACAAUGCUAUAAUUGAUAGACAUUCAUAUGAAUAUUAAUAAGAUAGCAACAUGUUGAUAAUCAUUCAUUAGAUAUAAAUAAAAGAUACAAAGUAAAUCGUUUCUGGCCAGUCUAUACCCUUUUUAAGCGAUAAACGUGAUGAUAUUUUCCAUUCCGUUCCGUUUUCCGUUCCGCGUUUUAGCAACACCCAUACAUACAUGUCUGUGUUUUCCGUAUGCAGAAAAGGAUUACGGUAGUUAAGAUCAGCUAAAGGAAUUCAUUAUUGUGUUUUAAUUGGAUUAUCAUUAUGAUGUUGACCAAUUUAGGUCUGAACAUUUGAUAAAUUAUGAAUGAAGAAGUGACGAUAACGGUAGAAUCCUCUGAGAAAACAGAUGAGCCGGAUGAUUUAUCUCAGGACAAAGGUGUGCAGCACGACCAGGGGAUCGAAGAAAUGGCUGGAAAUGGAAACAAUGCUAUUAAAUCAGAGAUGUUCAUAUUAAUGGGUAAAAACGUUGAAGAUUACUUAGACGACGACGACGAUGUAAAUGACGAGAGCGAUUAUUGCGAGGAAAAUGAGGAUGAACUCGAUGAACAUCCGCGCGACAAGUUUAUCUUGGAAGAAAGUCAGGAUCCUGCUCACUACUAUCCGACCACAAAAUCUGGAAAGGCCCGUUACAUGGUGGGUAAGGUAAUGGAACACAUCGCCUUCCACCUGUUCACAAUACUAUUGAUCCUGUUUGACAUCGCCAUUGUGGUGACGGACCUGGCGGCCGGAUCGUCCGCCCACUACCAUGAUGAGUUGGAGAUCUGUAGCUGCGUCAUCAUCACUUACUUCAUUCUGGAGGUUAUGUUACGAAUCUUCUACAAAGGGGACGAAUUUUUUCGUAACUGGGCAGAUAUUCUGGAUAUGAUAAUUGUGUUUGGAACCUUUAUCAUCGAUUUUACUCUUGGUGGCUACGGAAGGUUGAAAAUCAUUGGACGAGUAGUACGGGUUAUCCGAGGAAUGCGAUGUAUAUACAUCAUGUAUUCGGAGUACCGACAUUUCAAGAAAGCCACCAGGAGAGUCGUAUCCCAGAACAAGAGGAGGUACAGAAAAGAAGGAUUCGACCUUGACCUUUGUUACGUCACAGAGAGAGUGAUUGCCAUGUCAUUUCCUUCGUCUGGUAUGCGAUCAUUGUAUAGGAACCCUAUUAAAAAAGUUGGCAAGUUUUUGGAUAAGAAACAUUCCAGUCACUAUAAAGUGUACGAUCUAUGCAGUGAAUUGACGUAUGAUAGAAAAGUUUUCCACGAUAGAGUGGAAAAAGUACGGGUUGAUGAUCAUAACGUUCCAAGACUCAAAGACAUGAUUGAAUUCUGUGCUGACGUCAAAGAUUGGUUAAAAGCAGACGACAAUAACAUCAUUGCAGUGCACUGUAAAGGCGGGAAAGGGCGAACGGGAACAAUGAUUUGUACCUGGCUCAUCCACACGGAACUGUUCGAGGAGGCCAAGGAGAGUUUAAACUACUUCGGUGAGCGACGCACAGACAGACGGAAGGGAAGCAUGUUCCAGGGUGUGGAGACCCCCAGUCAGAGUCGAUAUGUCGAAUACUACGAGAAAGUCAAGUGGGAUCUAGGAGGAAAACUGCCAGCCAUCCGAAAACUCCGAAUUUUGUCCAUGCGUAUUAACUCAAUUAAAGGUGUUGGUAAAGGCGAUGGGUCCGACCUGAGCCUCCAGAUCUGCUUGGGUGAUAAGAAAAUUGGAGAGUGGACGCUGAAAAACCCCGACCACAUAAAACUAAUACACUCAAAGGACGAGGAUUACAUCGAUUUUACCUUACUUCACUGUCCGCCUCUAACCGACGAUGUCAAGUGUCGCUUCAUCUCUACCUCAAGAAACAUUCCUAGAGUGUACGACGACUGUGCUUUUUAUUUUUGGUUCCACACUGCCUUUAUAGAGAAACACAGAUUACACCUGAACAGAGAAGAAAUAGACAACCCACACAAAAAGAGAGCUCAGAAAGUAUUCCGAGAUUCAUUCAGUAUUACCGUCCACUUCAAAGGGAAAUAGGGCCAUAUAUAUAUAUAUACACACAUUGUACUUAUGUUUAUGAUCUCGAACGACCCGUCAAUAGGUCUGAUACUUAAGAGAUUGUCAAAUUUUAUCUCAGGGAAUUUUUUAUGAUUUAUACUAGUAUGUCAGAAGAGAUUAUACCUUGUUGUUGAUAAAGGAAUACAAUUUACAUUGAUAUUGUAAGAAAGUGGGCGCUUAAGAUGUAGUUUCGACAGGAAUCCGGGCACACAGGAAGAGUAAAAACUUCAUCGAUUAAUUUUGCACAUAUUUUGAAUCGGAAUUGUUAUUUGGUUUCUUUAGGGCGUAGACUUGGUAGAAUAAUAUUCGUUAUGCAAAAGAUUUUAUCUUAUGUGGGUCUGAAUAUAGCAAUACGACGCAAUUAAUGCAAAAAUCUACUUAUUUACGGCUGUUUUUAAAUGAUAUUGAUGUCUCUGAGUCUUCUCUCUCUUGAAACGUUUAAAAAUGACAUAUUUUAACAAAACAUAUGCUGCUUUUAAAAAAAAGAUGGAGAGAUGACCAA